AUGGAACAUAGCAUUACUAAUUGGAGGUUUCAACUUGAGGUUGUCCAACAACCUAUUCAUGCAAGAAUGAGCGGAUUUGGAGAAGAUAGGGGCAGAAGACUCAUCUCCCCAUUACCGUUUGUGCGCCUCCGAAUCCUUGAUGGAAAUAAACCGAUUAAUAUUGAUUCGAUCGACGCUGGUUUCUUUAUAUUACAAGCCAACUUGCACGAAUUUCAAUCAGGUCUCGAGGUUACGUCGAUGUACCUCAUCGGAGAGAAGUUCGCAAAUGGCCAAAAGUUGGAAGAUACUUCGGGAAAUCAAGAUAUAUGGUUCGUUUACAAAGAUUUGAGUGUUCGAUCUGAUGGUCAAUUUUUUUUUGAAUUUAAUCUGAUAUGCAUUGGCUGGCAGGGCAGUAUAAACUUGGGUUUUAUGCCUAUAAACGUGCUAGAAUCGGUACGUUCUAAUACAUUUACAGUAUUUAGUUCCAGGACGUUUCCCGGCAUGAUCGAUCCAACCCCAUUAUCCCGUUGCUUUGCAAAGCAAGGAAACAAAAUCCCCUCGCGUUCAAAGUAA